AUCAAUGUCUGGCAGCACUUUCGAACCAUAACAAAGACAGCUGUUUUGAAAACUUUUCUGGAGAUCCGUUGCGUUUAUUUUGUAAUGCAUUAUUCAAUAAUCCGGAGGCUUUCUACCCAGCCUAAGUUGGCCAACAUCCCUAAACGUAAAUGGAAAAGCGUUGUAGGUUUGGAGGUGCAUGCUCAAAUAGCCAGUGCCUCGAAGCUUUUCUCAGGUAGCGGCACCUCUUUUGGAGCUCCACUCAAUAGCUCUGUAGCUUAUUUCGAUGCUUCCAUACCGGGAACUUUACCGGUGGUCAAUAGGAAGUGUGUGGAGUCUGGAAUCAAGACAGCUCUAGCCCUUGGGUGCCGGGUGAAUGAGGUUUCUAUGUUUGACCGAAAGCAUUACUUCUAUGCCGAUUUGCCGAAUGGCUAUCAAAUCACACAGCAGCGAGCUGCCCUGGCCAACAACGGUAUUAUGACUUUCCCGGUAAUAACGCCGGGCAAAAAAGUCUACUAUAAGACUGCGAAACUUCUGCAACUGCAGCUGGAACAGGACAGCGGGAAGUCCUUACAUGACGAUCAGCUUAAGAGAAGUUUGGUGGAUCUCAAUCGAGCCGGUUUGCCAUUGAUGGAGCUUGUGUUUGCGCCAGAUCUUGAAACUGGUGAAGAGGCGGCUUCCUUAGUCAAAGAACUAAUCCUUAUUCUUAGACGUCUGCAGACCUGCAGCUGCAAAAUGGAAGAGGGUGCCUUGCGUGUGGAUGCUAACAUAUCUAUAAACCAAGAGGGCGAUCCAAUGGGAGUCCGAACAGAAGUCAAAAACAUUGGAUCUGUACGAAGUAUUUCUCAAGCCAUAACCUAUGAGAUAAAUCGUCAGCUAGAAACAGUGGCCGAAGGUGGUGUAAUUACGAAUGAAACGCGAUCUUGGGAUGCGGAAAAUCGUCGCACGGUUGCCAUGCGUGACAAGGAGGUGCUGCAGGACUACAGGUUUAUGCCAGAGCCGAAUCUGCCACCGCUUCACGUGAACCUGAAGCCAGGUUCAAAGUCAACUGAAGACUUGGUCUCUGUAGCUGCUUUAAGUAUAGAAAUUCCGGAAUUACCCGAAGAUACCAGACAGCGCUUAGUGGCGCAGUACAGUCUCAAGCCAGAAACUGCUAUCAUUUUGGUGAAUGAACCCAUUUUAUUGGACCACUUUUUAAGUAUCAAUCGCAGUCUAAGUGAAGUGCCCACCAAAGUUGUCUACAAUUUUCUUAUUAACGAUUUUUUGACCUACUGCAAUAAGCUGAACUUGAACGUGGAGGAUUGCUCUAUAAACGCUGAGGAUAUAAGAGACAUUUUGAAGAAUCUUCACGGAGAAAAUAUCAAUCUGCAAGCUGCGCGUCAACUAAUUGAAUUGCUACACAACAAUCCAACUAUUAAAGUGCAGGAGCUAAUUGACCUCCACAAUCUGCAGCAGAUCUGUAAUCUGGAACAGAUAGAGGCUCUUUGCCAGCAAGCUAUUACCAACCAGCCCAAAGCAGUGCAGCAAUACCAAAAGGGCAAAUCAAAAGCCCUAUUCGCCAUCGUAGGGGAGGUGGCCAAAUUGUCGGCCCAAAAAGCCAACAUGAAGAUUGUUGUGGAGUGUCUGGAAAAACUCCUGAAACCCCCCAAGAAGUAGACACUUUCGACUAUGUUGUGUUCAUUAGACGUGUAGUUCUCUUGUAUAUAUUUUUAUAAAACAUGCAGUCGUAGAUCCGCACUGAAUAUAGGAUUAAAUAUAUUGCUAAGGAUUAAAUAUA